UCGGGCGUGGACGUGCGUUUCAUCGUUGCGUAGUUUGAGAUCUGAGCAAACCGAAGUUUUGCUGAUUUUUGAAGCAUAACUGUGAAUGGAGUAGCCAUUACACAUUUUGGGAUACAUAACAUACAAAAUGGGUGACAUAAAAUCAUUUUUGCACCAAUGGUGUAGUAAAAAUGCUGUUGAACCGGCAUUUGAAGUUAGAACUACUGGUCCUAAACACCGCCAACGUUUCCUCUGUGAAUUGCGCGUCAAUAACUUUGACUAUGUUGCUGUUGGCAACUCUACAAAUAAAAAAGACGCUCAAGGAAAUGCCUCUCGAGAUUUCAUCAACUAUUUAGUUCGCAUUGGCAAAGUUAAUAUUAAUGAUGUACCUGCAGAUAGUGGCCCAUGUGGAGGAGUAGGAGGAAAUGGAGAUUUAGGAGGUCCAAUAUCUAAUACACCCAAUAGAUCAGUUUUUAGAGAAGGUGAAGGCCCUAACGACUUUGGUCGAGCUUAUAGACCAUAUAAUGAAGGGGGAGACCAGAAACGACCUUAUACCUACAUGGACAGAUUGGCUGAUCAAAAGCGAGUUGAAGAAGCCGAAGAUGUUGAUGUUAAUGCUGGAAUACAUGGAAACUGGACUGUAGAAAAUGCCAAGUCUAAACUUCAUCAGUUUUUACAGAUUAAUAAAAUAAGUGCAGAUUAUAAGUAUACACCAGUUGGUCCGGAUCAUACUAGGAGCUUCAUGGCUGAAAUGUCUUUCUACGUCAAACAGCUUGGUCGAACUGUCACAGGGCGUGAAACUGGAUCCAAUAAGCAGACAGCAUCAAAGAGUUGUGCGUUAUCACUUGUAAGACAGUUGUAUCACCUGGGUGUCAUUGAGGCUUUUAGUGGGACACUAAAAACCAAGAAAGAAGGAGAUCAAUUACCACCCUACCCAGUGAAUAUUUCUCCAGAACUUGUAGAAGAAUUACACUCGGUUCUAGAUGCUUUAGAAAUUCAACCUGUGGCCGUUUGUGCUCAAUCUGCAAAACAGGAGGGACCAUCAGAAAAUCAGAACAGCCAAGGAAUAUCUUUAGUCACAGAUCAUGUAUUAGAAGAGUUCAUCUCUUCCAAGCCUCAACCAGCAGGUGUAGUAAGUUGGUCUCCACCGCAACCAAACUGGAACCCAUGGACUGGUUGCAACAUCGACGAAGGUCCUCUUGCUACUAUGACAUUGGAGCAGUUAUCUGUUGAUCUAGAGGCAGAAGGUAGAGAGCGUAUGCAACAAAACCAUGAUCUCCAGCAGAGUCUGAAGAACAGAUCAAACUUGCCUGUUUUUACCAAAAAGAACGAAAUCAUGAACGCCAUCAAUGACAAUCCAGUCAUUAUCAUCCGCGGUAACACGGGUUGUGGUAAAACUACCCAGGUGUGUCAAUUUAUUCUCGACGACUACAUUUCCACGGGUCAAGGUGCCUACUGCUCUAUUUGCGUGACUCAGCCUAGAAGAAUAUCAGCUGUUUCGGUCGCCGAUCGAAUCUCCGUAGAGAGAUGCGAAGCUCUUGGGCAAAGCGUCGGUUACUCCGUGCGCUUCGAGUCAUGUCUCCCUCGACCAUACGGUAGCAUCAUGUUCUGCACCGUUGGAGUCUUGUUGAGAAAAUUAGAAGGAGGAUUGCGGGGUGUGUCGCACGUCAUCGUCGAUGAGAUUCACGAACGCGACGUCAAUUCUGAUUUUAUUAUGGUCUUGCUCAGAGAUAUGAUCCACAUGUAUCCUGACUUGAGAGUCAUUCUUAUGUCUGCUACUAUUGACACCACUCUCUUCAGUCAGUAUUUCAACAAUUGUCCGGUCAUUGAAAUACCAGGCCGAGCAUAUCCCGUGCAACAAUACUUCUUGGAAGAUUGUAUUGAAAUGACUAAGUUUGUGCCUCCUUUAGAUUCGAAGAAACGUAAGAAUCGCGACAGUGAUGACACAGGAUUAGAACAAGAAGUCGAAGAAAACUUAAAUAAAAUCGCUGAUCAGCGGUACAGUAUUCAAACUAGAAACUCUAUGGGUCAGAUGUCAGAAAAAGAAACUAGUUUCGAACUGAUUGAGAGUUUGUUGAGAUACAUCAGAGAUCAAACGGUACCCGGGGCUGUCUUAGUUUUUCUUCCAGGAUGGAAUUUAAUUUUUGCUCUUUUGAAACACCUUCAGCAACAUCCGCUAUUUGGUGGUUCAGAAUAUGUUAUUAUUCCGUUGCACUCUCAAUUGCCUCGCGAAGAUCAGCGACGCGUUUUCGAUCCAGUUCCAUCAGGAAAGACAAAGAUUAUUUUAGCGACAAAUAUUGCUGAAACUUCCAUUACUAUUGAUGAUGUUGUCUACGUCAUUGACUCUUGUAAAGCUAAAAUGAAGCUUUUCACUUCUCAUAACAAUAUGACAAAUUAUGCUACCGUCUGGGCCAGCAAAACAAAUCUGGAGCAGAGAAAAGGACGCGCCGGUCGUGUACGCCCAGGCUUCUGUUUUCAUCUUUGCUCAAAAGCUCGUUUCGAAAGAAUGGACGAACACAUGACACCGGAGAUGUUCCGCACACCGCUUCAUGAGUUGGCACUGAGUAUCAAACUUUUGAGACUUGGAAGCAUUGGACAAUUCUUAUCAAAGGCCAUUGAGCCUCCUCCAAUCGAUGCUGUUAUCGAGGCAGAAGUCAUGUUAAGAGAAAUGAAGUGUUUGGACAAAAACGAUGAAUUAACACCACUUGGCAAGAUUCUCGCUCGUUUACCAAUCGAACCGAGACUCGGUAAAAUGAUGAUCCUCGGCUGUAUGUUCCGUGUAGGAGAUGCCUUGUCAACGAUGGCUGCAAAUAGCUCAACUUUCCCCGAAGUAUAUAAUAUGUCUCCAGAUAUGCGUAGAUUAUCUUCUCAGCAAAAGUGGUUUGCUGGCGCUCGUUACAGUGAUCAUGUAGCCAUGUUGCAUGUAUUCCAAUGCUGGGAAGAAGUUCGCACUGGCGGAGAUUACGCUGAAAAUGCGUUUUGCGAGUCUAAGAAUUUGAGCAUGCCGACUCUCCGUGUUACAUGGGAGGCAAAAAAUCAACUACAAGAACUAUUGAAGAGCGCUGGAUUCCCAGAAGAAACCCUUAUGCCAACGCCCUUAAAUUACAUGGCUGGUGCAGAUGUACGUUUAGAUACCAUAACCGCACUAUUGUGCAUGGGUCUUUAUCCAAAUGUAUGUUUCCACAAAGAAAAGCGAAAAGUCUUGACGACCGAGGCUAAAGCUGCCCUUAUUCACAAGACCUCCGUCAAUUGCAGCAACUUUGAACAGAAUUUUCCAUUCCCAUUUUUCGUAUUUGGAGAAAAGAUUCGUACAAGAGCUGUAUCUUGUAAGCAGAUGACCAUGGUUUCUCCUCUGCACCUUUUGCUCUUUGGCUCUCGUAAAGUAGAAUACAUAGAUAAUUUAAUCAAAUUAGACAAUUGGGUCAACCUCGACAUGAACCCCGAACAUGCUGCUGCGAUUGUUGCUUUGAGACCAGCUUUAGAAGGAUUAGUCGUCAAAGCUGCUAAAGAUCCAGAAACCAUCCUCGAACUAAGCCCUUUGGAUGAAAAAAUCGUUGCACUUGUCAGAAAUCUUUGUGGUAUGAAUGCUUGUCGAUUCCAAAUGGAUCCAAUAACUGGAGGUGGUUUUGGCUCUAGAAGGCCACCAAGAGGACAUGUAACAGGCAUUCGUCCUGGUGGAAACGAGGGAGGUCCACCACCUAAGAGAAUGUUUACAGAAGGUGGAGGUGGUGGCAGUGGCUUUGGGCUAGGUAGAGGCGGUUUUGGUGGCAGAGGAAGCUUUAGAAACAAUAAUUUUGAAGGAGGUGGCGGAGAUGGCUACAGAGGAGGCGGAGAUGGAUACAGAGGAGGCGGAGAUGGUUACAGAGGAGGUGGAGAUGGUUACAGAGGAGGCGGAGAUGGCUACAGGGGAGGCUUUAGUGGAGGUGGUAGAGGUGGCUAUGGAGGUGGUGGUUUUCGUGGUCGCUACUAAUCACUUCCAUUUUAACAGACGAAAUAUUUUAUUCGUCGCAAAGACAGAUAAUAUAACUUAUUAUCUACUACUUAGCGUUAUAUCUAAUCACUAUUCCAAUUAUAUUAUUAUUUAGUAUGUAGAAAUUAAACUUAAAGAAUAAACUCUUUAU